AUGGGUCUGGGCACGUCGGACACGCGCGAGGCCAAGGAGUACUUCGCGGCGCUGGACAGCCACCGCAAGCAGUUCGUUUGGGAGGGCGACGAGGACGGUCAGGCGAUCGAGAUGGCGUUCAGCAAGAAGCGCGUGGAGGACCGCAAGAAGUGGCUCAGCGGCUUCGUGCCCGGCACGUACCUCGACCAGAGCGUCGACACCAUCAGCUACAGCGACUUUGUGCACAAGGCACGCGGCCGCAGCACAGCGUGUCGCUCGGGGGGCCAGGAGCUGAUCCUGUUCAGCCGCGCGGACCUGGAGCGCUCCAUCCCCUGCCUGGUGGACGGCCUCAAGCCGGGGCAGCGCAAGAUCAUGUUCUGCGCGUUCAAGAGGAACCUCAAGAAGGACAUCAAGGACUUUGUGGGCAGCAACAACAUCAACCUGCUGUUCCCCUCGGGCCAGUUUGGUACGCGCCUGCAGGGCGGCAAGGACGCGGCCUCGGCCAGGUACGUGUACACGCGCCUGGCGCCGCUGGCGCGCCACGUGUUCAACGCGGCGGACGACAAGCUGCUGGACUACCUGACGGAGGAGGGGCAGAGCAUUGAGCCGCA